AUGACUCCAGAAGAAAGCGCACUUUUGUCUGAUUUUGGUGCCCAAUUAUUCUAUGCAAUCGCGGCCCUCAUUUGCACUUGUACUUUCUAUGGCAUCUAUCUUCUGGCAACAUCUAUUGCGUUUUACUUACUUUUCCGCAAAGGAACAACAGGUGGUCCUCGCAAAAUUCUUCUGGCUUGCCUUGUUUUACUUCUACUCACGUAUACAUGGGCUUUUGUGGUCAAAUGCGCUGCGAAUCUGGUCAACAUCCAAGCCGCGCUCGUGCAGAAUCAGUCAGGAGGGGACUUGACUACCCAAAUUGACAACGCCGCAAUCGCCGUUCUCCCAUACCAGUACAUGAUUGCGUGGCCUGUGACUCUCAAUCUCAUUAUCAGUGACUGUAUCGUUACAUGGAGAGCUUGGGUGAUUUGGACUGGAAGCAAACCGAUAAGAGGGUGCUUACUGAUCCUCGCAAGUGCUAGUUUCGUUGUAAACAUCGUUGAUUGCAUAUUCGACGAUAUCGCACUGAAAUCAUUCUGGGCAACUUCUGCGUGGGAUACAGCCGCUGCAUUUCUUUCGUUCGGGUUGAAUCUUGUAGCAACGCUACUCAUUGCGCUGAGGGUAUGGCAAUACCAUCAGGUGAUGAAGUCCUGGGUGAACCAUCACCGAACUUAUGCGGAGAACAUCUUGUUGGUCCUUGUGGAAUCCGGGGCUGUUUAUUGUGUAUUGCAGUUCGUGUACUCGAUGUUGAUACUCUUCAGUGAAAGGUCGUCUGGGGGGAUAACACCUCUAUUUAUUGCAACUUCGAUGGUAGUUGAGUGGUUCUUAGCCGCCUCGGCGAGUAUUCCAAGUUCUUCUGCUUUAUAUCCUGUCAGCGUUAUUAUCAUAGUCAACCUCGAAUGGUCGCCACUGGACUACACUCUCCGAAAUACCUACGCCUCGAAUGACGAAGCUGGAAAUCAUCGCGCUAGGGUAUCCAGUUUGAAAUUUGCGCAGGACACUCAAUUGGAAAGGUCCCAAAAAUUUGACAAUACAACUGCGAAUUAA